AUGACCAUUGAUUACUUUGAUGUCACUCCCGUUACUUUUCCUAAAUGUAGUCGCGGAACUUAAGUCAGGCUUCAGGCGGAAAAGUGAAGACAUUUCCGACGUUUUCUGGACGACGGGAGCAUCAUGAAGACGGCAAAGGACGCUGGAGAGGUGAGAGGAGUGUCAGUAAAUCGCUUUACUAAAGAGGCACCUCUAUCUGGGAUGUCCAAGAAUGGAUACUUCUUUCAAGAAAUGGAGCAGCGGGAGGCGGACCAAGAGGAGGGCAACGACAGCCGAGAGGAGGGACAAGACUCACCGAUCGCCUGCGGAGAUGACAUCCACCUUUAUGACAACCAGAUCAGCCCUGGGCCAGAUGCUGAUGACUCAGGUUGUGUGUUACUGAACACAUCAAGAAGGUAUGUGAAGCUGAUGAACUUUGAGGAGGAGGUCCGGGCACACCGGGACUUGGAUGACUUCCUGGCGAAGGCCACCAUUCUGCUGGAUGAGACGGCUGCCUCCCUGGAUGAUGUUCUCAAAAGAAUGUUGCACCACGUGGGCCAGGAUAGCCAUACCUCUGAGCCCAGCUGCAACUUUGAGGAGGUGAUGAGCAUGCUUUUCACAGAUGCAGGAGCUCAGGAGGUCAACGACAAGUCACAAAGUUUCGUUUUCUUUGAUGACGUUCACCUGCUGUCUGAGACGAUCCAGGGAGUGACGGCCACAGCCACUGGAGUCCAGUACCAGCAGUCCUGGCUCUGCAUCCUCUGCAAUGUGAAGCAUCUCCAGAGGCGUCAUGUGUGCAUCUCUCGCCUGGAGAGGCCACAGAACUGGGGGGAGAACUGCUGUGAAGUCCGCUAUGUCAUCCUGAUUUUGGCCCCAUCUAAAAUGAAAAGUACCAAGACAGCAAUGGAGUUGGGAAGGACGUUUGCCACCCUCUUCUCUGACAUCUCCUUCAGACAGAAGCUGCUGGAAACAAAGACACAGGAGGAGUUUAAAGAGGCUUUAGUGUUCCAGAGGCACCAGCUGACGGCAGCCAACCAGCAGCCCACUGCCCUGGGGAAGGAGGAGACUGACCCUCGUAGUCACAAACCUCUCAAGUGUCAAGACUUCUUCAAAGCCGGCCGGGGGAUUUAUGAGGACUUGUGCCGCAGACUGCCUUUCUACCCCUCUGACUUCACAGAUGGUAUAGUUGGCAGUAAUAAAACCCUGCUGAAGUACAUGACCACAGCCAUCUUCCUCUACAUUGCCAUCCUCCUCCCUGCAAUUGCUUUUGGCUCCCUCAAUGAUGAGAGCACCCGUGGCGAGAUCGAUGUUAGGAAAACUAUCAUUGGCCAGAGCAUCGGAGGGGUCAUCUACUCAUUGUUCGCCGGCUCUCCUUUAGUGAUUCCUCUCACCACAGCUCCUCUUGCUAUCUUCAUCAGCGUGAUCCGAGGAAUCUGUGACGACUACAACCUGGAUUUCCCAGCUUUCUAUGCCUGCAUUGGUUUGUGGAAUUGCCUCUUUCUCAUCCUUGGAGGGAUCUUCAAUGUCAGCCUGCUAAUGAAGCUCUUCAAAAGGUCGACAGAGGAGGUCAUCGCCCUGUUCAUAUCCAUUGCAUUUGUGGUUGAUGCUGUGAAAGGCACAGUCAAAAUCUUUCACAGGUACUACCAUUCACCAACGCUGGAAAACAGAAGCAUAGAGAGCUUUCCUCAGGGUGGAGAUCUGUUGGGAGGAAACAAGAGUGAGGUGGUGGCCAGUCUGGGGCUCAAUGCCCUCCCUGAAUCUUUUAUCCAGUGCACUCGAGAAAGGCCCGUCCUCUGCCUCCUGCUCAUGCUCGGGACGUUAUGGAUGGGCUAUACUCUCUACCAAUUCAAAAGGAGUCCGUUCCUGCAUGCCAAAGUGAGAGAGGUGCUGUCGGACUGCGCCCUGCCGAUCUCAGUGCUCCUGUUCUCCUUCAUCGGCUCCUACCUUUUCAGUGACAUUGAACUUCCAGUGUUUAAGGUUCAUGACCGGCCCAUCUUCAACGUGGCUCCAUUUGAGCGGCUGUCAGCCAUGAACAUCGUCAGCGCCAUGGGGCUGGGCUUCCUCCUGGCUCUCCUCAUCUUCAUCGACCAGAAUAUUGUCGUCUCACUGACCAACGCUCCAGAGAACAGGUUGCUGAAGGGAACGGCGUAUCACUGGGACCUGAUGCUCUCUGGGCUCAUUAACAUACUGAUGUCGGUGCUGGGGUUGCCCUGGAUGCACGCCGCCUUCCCUCACUCCACCCUCCAUGUGCGCCAGCUGGCUUUUGUGGAGCAGCGCGUGGAGGGGGGGCACCUCUACGAAACUAUUGUCCAGGUAAAGGAGACACGUCUGACAUCUCUGGCUGCCAACAUCUUCAUUGGCGUUUCUCUUCUGCUGCUGCCCGUCCCCCUGCAAUGGAUCCCCAAACCCGUCCUGUACGGCCUCUUCCUCUACAUCGCCCUCACCUCCAUCGACGGAAACCAGAUGUGUGACCGCAUGGCUCUCCUCUUGAAGGAGCAGACGUCUUACCCGCCCACCCACUACAUCCGCAAAGUGCCCCAGAGGAAGAUCCACUACUUCACCUUCCUGCAGAUGAUGCAGCUGCUGGUGCUGUGCACGUUUGGCAUGUACCCAAUACCGUACAUGAAGAUGAUCUUCCCUCUGGUCAUGAUCCUCCUAAUCCCAAUCAGGAACAACGUGCUUCCUCAUAUCAUUGAGGCCAAAUACUUGGACAUAAUGGAUGCCCAACACAUGUAGCUACAGAAGGACUCGAGCUCUGGAUCCUAAAAAAGAGAGAUGUCUGGAAUUUAAAAAAAGAAAAAAAAAACAUAGAAAAGGACAAACAAAAACAUAUUUUUCAAUGCAAAACUAUAUGGAAGCAAAAAGGUGAAAUAUUGACUGUUUGAUUUUUGUAUCUGAUAAGUACAUUCUUACCGGUGAAGCACUGGAAACAUGGGAAGGUGUGUGAGGAAGACAGAUGAGAGUUGUGGUGAAUAUUCACCCAACGUGAACUGACAACGCUUCUCAGUGGGAAAGCUCUACAGGAAGAAUAAAAAAGAAAAAAAAAAAAAACAGGACCGUCCAGAACUCCCUGUAUCACCUCGUUUGACCCUGUCCGAUUGUUCAGUGCUAUAUGCCUUCAU